AUGCUCGACUUCAUCAACGCCAAGACCAACAAUCCAUCCUGCUCGUUGUGCAACGGGGUUGUUAUGCAAGAAAACUGUUCCCCCAAAGGUUGUACACAUGUGUUUCAUUCUACCUGUUUCGAAGACUGGAGCACUUCAAAGGGCUCGUCCGAUGAAUAUACCUGCCCAGCCAUCGGUUGUUCGGUCAAGUUCACGGAAGUAGUGGUGCGCAAAACCCCCUUAGGUCCGGCGAGCAAGAUCGUCACGGUUGGAGAAUCUAAUCAAUGUCCCAUAUGUUGUGAAGCAUUGCAGAAGCCCAUUGCGACCCCAGAAUCAUGUAACCAUACCUUUUGUUAUGUGUGUUUACGGGAAUGGUCUCGCGUACGUCACGAAUGUCCCUUGGAUCGCGGCGCAUUUGAACUUAUUCUACUGUCCGAUACGGUCGGAGGUCCAAUCGUCAAACGGGUAACGGCACCUCCAGUAGAGUUGAAUUCGCUUGAGGAACCUUUCGAGGAGAUUGACACAACAUGUGAGAUUUGCACCCUCGCAGACGAUGAAGCACAUCUACUUUUAUGCGAUCACUGUGAUCGAGGCUACCAUACUUAUUGUCUCCCAGUCCCUUUGUCCUCCGUUCCACCGGGGGAUUGGUUUUGCCCAGAUUGUGUCCGCCACGGUAUUGGUCGCAACUCCACAACCUCGACGAGUUCAACAACCACCAGGACUUCAAGAAGGCGGGCUACGACUCCGACACCUUUUUCCUCGAUAGUUGAUCGUGAAGCGGAAGAGAGUGAUGCUCUAGAAUCAGAUGAUACUCAUGAUGGACUUUCGGAGGACCAAGAUGAGAAUUUCGUUGGUGUCCACCGGAUCUCAGCUGCUACACAACGGAUCUUACGUCAGCGAGCAAACAGUCGGUAUCGAGGUAGUCGCCUGUUGCAGGACACCAUACUGAAUCUUGCAGAACGUGUGCUCAACGAAGCCUCUGCCCGUGCACGGCACCGCCGCACUCAACGCCAACGUGUGCGUCGACAGUUGGCAGCUGAGCAAACCGGUCAGACGCGCCUUUCUACUGCGACCACUUCUAAUCAGCUUACCCUGCGUUUGGAACCUCCCACAGAGCCCAAUGGUCCGACUCAGCUCCGUCUGUCUAGUCCUAACUCAGCAGAGGCACGUGAUCAUCGAUCGGGCCGACGGACGGCCGCUGCGGAGGAUACUGCAGCCGAGUCCAGGUCGCAGGCUCGCCGUCGUCGACUACUUAUCCUUUCGGAUAGCGCUUCCGAAUCAGAAAUGGAGAACGGUAUCCAACUUCCUUUACCAUCUCUCCGCCGUGACCGGUUUCCACGCAUAUCCGGGAGAACCAACGAAUCUGAUACUGACUUGGCUCCCAGUUCUUCCGUGUCUGCUACAGCUGCACGAGCAUCCAAGCGCAUUAGACUCUCGUCAUCGACUGGGUCAGAUUCCCCACUACCGUCUACUUCGCAAACGGUCCCCGAACAGCCAUCUCCACAAACCUCUCUCCGAGCCGGUCCUUCGUCGUCGAAGCCCAAAAAACGGAAGACGAAGAAAGUAAGACGUAAUAAAACGAAGAAAACUGGAAAGGUGACACGACGAAUAAAAAAACGAGUAACUGCCGCCCUUCGAAAAAAGAAACGACGAACGCUGACCAUUCAGAAGAGUUCAUCGUCUAACAACACUUCUACGGCUAGUACAUCGUUCCACCGAUCGCCCAGAAAAGCUACUUUUUCAAACCGUCUUCCUCGUCUCUCAGUUUUUGGUGCUGAGCCCACCUGCAGUCUCUUCGUAGAAGAUUCUGUCCCGGACACCACUUCGGAAACAACUCAGAAGCCAAAACCGAUGCCUUCACCCAUAUACCGUCCCAGCCGCGUGAGUUUGCUAGAUGAAAUCGAGGCAGGUCAAAAAUCUUUGUUCAGCUUCACAACCCGUCACAUGAAUGUUAACCCUGAUCACUCGAUGUCGCCCAUCCCCGUUCCCAGUCGUCCUGAGCAUACUUUGAAUAGUUACAACUCUCCAAAUAUGCGAAUCAAUUUACCGCUCCGAGCUCCAAGCACCACGGGAUCCGUAAGCCCAUCUGUUUCAAGUGCUCCCAGCAGCUCAGCUCCUUGUCGUGACGAAACGCCUUCUCGAGAGCUCUUCAAAUCGGAACUGAACUCACAAAGUUCGAAACAGCCUGGGUCGCGAACUUCAUCUCACUCACACUUCCAAAACCAAUGGUCAGACGAACUGCUGCGCAAUGCGCGAUCUGUCUUGAAGGCCAGUUUAAAGCCGCAAUUGAACACAGGUGUCAUAGACGAAAGUACUUACCGUUCCAUCAUGGAACGGGCACUUUUUAAAAUUCAACAGAAGGAUGUAUCCAAAGUGAGCGACGCUCGUAUCAGCAAACUGGCAAAAGACUACGUGGAUUAUCACUUGAGACACCUCAUUUCAAAAUAGAGCUCCAAUUGGCUUUUUAAAUUGUCACCAUCAUUAAGCAGCUCGGUGUAGCCGUGCAUGUGCACCUCAACCCACUGUACAAAACACCUUACACUAAAUGUGAACUGGAUCGUGUGUCUGUCCGUUUUUUCUACCUUUAGAAUAUUAUUCCAAUUGUCGACGUUUGACCAACACGGGUCCGAUUUAAUUAGAUUUAUG